AACUAGCGUCUCUUUUCCGUUCACUUGCGCCUAACGCCGUAGUGAGUCCUCAAACACCACUAAGGUAUCCCUGCACACAUCAAGAUGGGUAGGGAGGACAAAACUACCUGGAAAGCGAGUUACUUCACCAAGCUCAUUCGUUUGUUGGAUGAUUAUCCCAAGUGCUUUAUCGUCAGUGCGGACAAUGUCGGUUCCAAGCAGAUGCAGCAGAUCCGUAUGUCCCUGCGUGGGACUGCAGUUGUACUCAUGGGUAAGAACACCAUGAUGCGCAAGGCCAUCCGUGGUCACGUUGAGCGCAACGCUGCUCUUGAAAAACUCUUGCCCCACAUCAGAGGCAAUGUUGGCUUUGUCUUCACUCGUGGAGACCUUGUCGAAGUCAGGGACAAGCUACUCGAGAACAAAGUCCGAGCUCCUGCCAGGAAUGGUGCCAUUGCCCCAUUGAGUGUUAUCAUCCCCGCUCACAACACUGGCUUGGGUCCCGAGAAGACCUCUUUCUUCCAGGCUCUGAGUAUCCCAACCAAGAUCUCCAAGGGUACAAUUGAAAUCAUCAACGAUGUUCACAUCUUGAAGCCAGGUGACAAGGUCGGCCCUUCAGAAGCUUCACUUCUGAAUUACCUGAACAUCUCUCCCUUCUCGUAUGGUUUAAUCGUCGAACAAGUGUACGAUUCUGGAACCAUCUUUGCUCCCGAGAUUCUUGACAUCAAGCCUGAAGAUCUUCGUGAGAAAUUCAUGGCUGGAGUUGCCAACUUGGCCUCUGUGUGCUUAGCCAUUGGCUAUCCCACAAUUGCCAGUGCUCCACACAGCAUUGCCAAUGGGUUCAAGAACUUGUUGGCUGUUGCUGCUGUCACAGAUGUCGACUUCCCUGAAGCAGCGACCAUUAAAGAAUUCAUCAAGGAUCCAAGCAAAUUUGCCGCUGCCGCCGUCUCUGCUGCCCCAGCUGCUGCAGCAGAAAAGAAGGAAGAGAAGAAAGAGGAAAAGAAGGAAGAGUCUGAAUCCGAAGAUGAAGACAUGGGCUUUGGACUCUUUGACUAAGUUUUUUAUUGACUUAACCAUGCAGUGGCAUAUUUUCUACUGUUAAAGCUUCACACCGACGUCCGAAUAAAGCACCAGGAUAAUUUUUUGAAAAUAAAA